CGAUAGAUACUGGUCGACAUGUCAACCACCAAAGAAACCGAGGCCGCCGCGCCAGAGCCCGUCCCCGAAUACGUUACCAAAUGUCGUCUUUCCAUUCCGGAUGCCGUGCGAAUCCCCCUUGCGUCGAGCACGGCUCUGCUCAUUGGCUUCACACUCGGAAUGAGCCAAGGCAUCAAGACAGCCGGUAUGCGCUUUCGCGCCGAACACGCUCAUAAGCUGCCGACCACCAAGAUGGGAUGGUACUUUUAUCACAAGAGCAAGAACUACAACUCAAUCUGGGGCGGCGCCAAGGAGGGUGCCAGGAUGGGAGCCAAGAUUUGCUUCUGGACAACAGCCAUGUUUGGCAUCGAGCACAUGUUUGACGCCUAUCGCGGGACGGCCGACAUCUUCAAUACUGUAACCGCCUGUGUGACUGUUGCGGGAGCCUUCAGUCUAUGGAAUCGUUUCUCUUUGCCCAUGGCGGCCCGAACAACCAAAACUGCCCUGGUCGUAGGUCUCGCUUACGGAGGCUUGCAGGAUGUAGCUGGCAUCGCAAGAGGUCGACCCAUCGGAUAUGUCGAAUUCCUCAAGCGCCGCGUUGGCGGCUUUAAGAAUACCGCGGACGAAAACCAGAAGGAGCGGGUGAUUUAAAGACGAUACAAGUCCAAUCCCCCUUGCCCACUCAAAGGUGCAUCCCAAUCCGAUCGGUGAAGAGAUACAAAAACACAAGGUUGGUUAGUUGCUCUUCAGUGUUACCAUCACAGCCGAUUUCGGAAGUCCCAAAUGCUCCGCAACGGUUAUUCAAGGUCGAAACAGCACAACCCCUGCAACUUAUCGGGCAGUCGGUUUACUAGUCCAUUUCUAUGACAAACUCAAGACCCUCAAUUCUGCACGAAAUGCCCAAGCAUUGUGGGAAUCCAACAUGGCGCCCGCUCAGCCGCAUCGGAUUCUAUAGAGUAGAGUCUAGACACACAUCGGCGUUCUUUCGCCGAGGUAUGCGCACAAGUCACCAUUAUUGGCCAG